AUGCAGACCGAGACGCUCAUAUUGUUGGCUGCUGCCACGUUCCUCUUCGUACUUUACACGACUGUGUUGCAGCCAGCCCUCUUCAGCCCGCUGGCAAGAAUCCCUACCGCCCACUGGUCCUGCUCCUUGUCCAACUACUGGAUACUUCGUGCCAGGAAGCAAGCGAGAGAAAAUCAAACCCUCUUCAAAGCUCACCUGCGGCAUGGGCCCAUCGUUCGAGUGGCGCCCAACACGUUGAGCGUGGACGGGGUCGAUGCCAUGCGGGCGAUAUAUCAAGGAGGCUACGAAAAGUCCGACUGGUACAGAGUCUUUGAUAACUACGGCGUCCCGCACAUGUUCUCUACUCUGGGGUCCAGGGAACACUCGCGCAGGAAACGGAUGAUUUCCAAUGUCUACUCCAAGUCUUAUAUCCACGCGUCAGCACCGGCUCGAGCCCAGAGCAGAGCUAUUUUGCUGGGCAGGCUCGUCCCGCUGCUGAGACGAGAGGCCGCAACACCCGGCGCCAACGGCACAGAAGUACAGUCCAUCUUCAUGGCGACGACAAUGGAUCUCAUCUCGUCGUAUAUUUUCGGAUUGGGAAAUGGUACCAAUUUCAUCGAGGACUCGUCGUAUCGAGACCACUGGCUGCAACUAUAUCUCUCCCGGCACCAUCAUCACUUCUGGCCUCAAGAACUUCCCAGCCUGACAAGGCUAUUUAGAAAGCUAGGUGUGCGACUGUACCCAUCAUUUGUCGAUGAUGCCAAUCAAGAAAUACGGGCGUGGAACAAAACCAUGUGUGACAGGGCCGAGCAAUCGAUGAACAAUGACGUCAAGGGACGAUGCCUACCUGCCGAUGAAGCGGUCGUCUUCAAGGCGAUGCACGCAGGCAUUGACAAGGAAGAAAACACCGAGGGGCAAGGCUCGUUGCUUUACACCACUUCCAUCCAGCAGAGGAGCUUGGCAGUGGCCAGCGAGAUCUUGGAUCACCUGCUGGCCGGCCAUGAGACGGCCGGCAUUGUGCUAACUUACAUCGCCUGGCGACUGUCUCGGGCGCCCGACGUCCAGGAACAGCUUCGAACAGAGCUCCUCUCCUUGGACAUGGAACCCCCUGCCAAUGACGGCGGUGCGUUGGCAGACCCGAAGCAGCUGGACGCCCUGCCUGUCUUGCACGCGAUUGUCAUGGAGACGCUUCGAUUGCACGCGCCCAUUCCGGGACCACAGCCGCGGUCUACCCCGUAUCCGGGGUGUCGGAUUGGGGGCUACGAUAUCCCGGGCGGUGUUCGGAUUGCGUCUCUCGCGCACACGCUUCAUCUGGACGAGAGGGUGUAUCCUGAUGCGCGGAGAUGGGACCAUGCGCGGUGGCUUGGGCGGGAGGGGGACGGCGAGAACGGGAGGCAGAUGAAUCGGCAAUUUUGGGCGUUUGGCAGCGGCGGACGUAUGUGUAUUGGCUCGAAUUUCGCAUUGACGGGUAUUAAAAAUAUCGUGGCGGCAAUUUACACCAAUUUCACGACAGCCGUUGUGGACGAUGCCGGUAUGGAGCAGACGGAUGGGUAUUCCUCCCGACCGGCGGGGGACAAGCUGUACCUGAGGUUCACUGCUGCCGCUGCCGUUGCCACAGUCGCCGUUGACGUCAUGGUUCAUCCCAUGGACACCAUCAUCACAAGAGUCCAGUCGCCGGCCUAUAAGACACAGUACCGGCAGCGCAACGGCCUGUUCCACCGCAACCUCUUUCUCGGGCUCUACCAAGGCUUCGGGCCUACUCUGCUAGCUGGGAUACCGGCCUCGGCAGCCUUCUUCUUCGUCUACGAGGCCUCCAAGACGCUGUUUGACAGAGGCCACCUGGGAUCGAUUCCUCUCCCGAUUGCGCACGCCAUGAGCGGUGCCGCCGCCGAUCUCACGGCGUGCGCCAUCAUCAAUCCCGCAGAGGUGCUCAAGCAAAACGCCCAAGUCUCCACGACGGAGCGUCUGCUGCCCGGUCAGCGGUCGCAUGUUUUGAAGACGCUGCGCCAAUUCACGAGGCACCCGACGCGUCUGUGGACGGGGUACACCAUGUUGGUGGCGAGUUCGUUGCCCGGGACAAGCUUGACAUUUAGCCUGUACGAAUGGCUGAAGCGGAAGAUGGCCCGGGAUGACGAGGAGCUGGCGCGAAGUAUUCCGCAUCAGAUGAAAGUCAGCGCCGUGAGCGCCGCUGUUGCCGCCGGUUGCGCGUCGUGUAUAUUUGUUCCGGUGGACGUUGUCAAGACGAGAAUGAGAUUGGCUGCCGGCGGCGACGAGCCGGCUGCCCCGACUUGCGAGGGGCGCGCAACCAGACCGGGUCCAAUGGCUGUCGCAAGAGACGUUUUACGAGUUGAGGGUGUGAGAGGCCUAUUUAGAGGAUUGUCCUUGACGUUUGUUGCGGGUAUGUUUGGCGCUGGCUUAUAUUUGGGCUGUUAUGAGGGCUGUAAGUUGUAUUUGGGACAAAAGGAAGAGGACAUUGCGGUUUAA